ACACUCGGGUCCCUCGGCGGCGCCCUGGCGGAGGGAUGUCCCGGCAGCUGGUACCUCCAGCCGGACGACUGCAUCUGCAUGAACAGCACGAACGGCGCCCUCCUCAAGGUUCAGACCCUGAUCAGCUGCAGGUCAUUGGGUUACAAGACGUACGACGGGAUCUGCGCCGUCGACCACGACAACCGCCAGGCCUUCAAGGACGUCUGCAAGGGCCUGGACCAGGAAAGCGUCAUUGGCCACUGUCGCUGA